GUGUCCCAUGUCCGAACUCGCCGAGCAGCUGCACGUGUGGAAGAACCGCGUGUACGCGUACGUGCUGGGAUACCGGCCCACGUACUCCGACUGGACGGACGAGACCGAGGCCGUACACUUCGAGGACAUGGAAUUGGUGUUCGGCACGCCUCUAAAGCCCGAAGCUCCCUCUAGCGAGAUCGACAAGCAGUGGUCCAGGACCAUGAUACGCGUGUGGUCCACGUUUGCGCACACGGGGAGAACACCCACUCUGGAGGCCACCAAGUGGCCCGAAUACGACACACUCCGACACACCACCAUGAAGCUGGGUCCCAAAGAGGUCAUUGGGCAGCGAGACCCUAAAUGGCAGCGGUGCCGGGCGCUGCGAGACUCCGGCGCCGCGCCUUCGUUGCCCUGAGGGACGUCACGAAGCCUGCCUCCGAAACCCAAGACGAUAGGGGAGCGCUGCGGAUCUCGGAGGCCAUAUAUGACGGUCGACGCGCGCA